ACUUCAGUCUGCAUCACUCCAUUUAAAAACUCAUAUACCUGUCGACCACGCUGCCCGUCAAAGUGUGAUUGUUAAAAGUGUUUUAUUUUAAUUAACUUUAUUGAAUGAAACGUUUAUCAUUAUCUCUAUUAUUUGCAACAAUGAAAAGAAAUGCAGAAGCUGAAAAAAGUGAAAUAUCUCAAGUUAAAAAAGCCCAUUGGUCACAUGGGAUGUUAAAUUCAAUGAAUGAUCCGGUGUUAAAAGUUCUAGAAGAUGAUCUAAUUGUCGUUAUUAAGGAUAAAUAUCCAAAAGCAAAAUUUCAUUAUCUAGUUAUUCCAAAAGAAGAUAUAAAAUCUAUUAUUCAUGUUAAAAAGGAAAAUUUAAAUCUUUUGCAACACAUGGAAGAAGUUGGUCAAAAUAUAAGCAAAAAACAUAACGAUUCUGAAUUUAUCAUUGGUUAUCAUGCAAUUCCAAGUAUGCAACGACUUCACUUGCACGUAAUUAGCACAGAUUUCAAUAAUUCUUGUUUGAAAACAAAACAGCAUUGGAAUUCAUUUACAACGCCAUUUUUUCUAUCAUCGCAAAAAGUACGUAAAAAUAUUCAAGAAGAAGGUCAACUUAAAAUAAAUUCAGACAUCAUGAAAAAACACUUGAAGACUGAUCUUAAGUGUCAUAAAUGUCAUUUUUCAGCUAAGAAUAUGCCAAACUUGAAAAGACAUAUUUUAGAACAUUUUCCUUAAUUUUUUAUUUUUUCUGCAUGUUUUUUUUUAUCGUAAAUUUUAAAUCCUAUUUUUUUAAAAUAUUAUUGAUUACUGUAUAUUUAAGUUAAAAAAACAAGGUGAGGUAAAUAUAAGAAACAAAACAAAAUUUGAUGUUUCGAAAAAUUUAAUAUAAAUAAAUUCCAUGUUAGUGUAGAACUACUUCUGUGUUAUGUUUCAUACAUAUAAUUUUAUGUAUGUAAAUGUAAAAUGUGUACGUACGUAAUUUUAGUAAUACUGCGAUUAAUAUUCGAAGCGUUUUUCACAUUAGCUUUGAUUUCGCUUUGAAAUUUUUUUUUUUUUUUUGAAAUAUUUCAUUUUUUUCUAAAGUGAUUCAAAUUAAAUUUGAAAAAUCAAAAAAAUGACGUUUCAUUUUUCAUCUCUAUAAUAAAGAACUACAUAUGUGCAUAAAUAGACUAAAACCUAUUUAAAUUCAGUAGAGUAUAAAAAUUAUGAGAAACUGACAUUUUUUUUUUCAGAUAUAUCAUAUCAGAAGAACAAUAAAAACAAAAAAAAAAUGUUAUUUGUUCUCAUAAUUUUCUAUCUAAAGAAAACAUUUUUAUUUUAUAAUAAGUUACUUUUUUGAGAUCUCGAAACAGAAAGAUCUCAAUAAUAUUUUUCUUUAAAUGAUUGAGGAACCAUUCUCUUUUACUCUAAAGUUUUUUUUUUUUUUUUUCUUUUUUUAAUGAGUAAUUAUACAACAAGAGCUUUUGCGAAUGAAGACAACAAGGUACUAUUCAGUCGUAAAAGCGAAAAUACCAGUCUUAUAUAGUUUGUCAGAGUAUUAAAAAGAAUGGUUCGCAUAUUUUUUCGAGGGUUCGCUUUUUCUUUUUCUCUUUUCUUUAAUCAUUCUAUUAAGUUCUCUCCCGCGCACCACACAUUUCGUUAAACUACAAUAAAUCUAAAUGAUAAUGAAUCUAUCUAAACUAGAAGAGAAUAAGAAGAUGAUUUUUUUUUUUGAAUUGGUAAUUGGAAUUUCAUCCGCUCGUUCUGUACACAACUAAUCAAAAGCGGUCAUCUUGAUCAAAUUGUUGAGAUCGAGAACAAUGACAAAUUUUUUUUUUUUUUUUUUUUUUCGCAAAAAAAUUUUGAA